CGCAACACACCUCAACCCACGAUGCGGCUCCCCCAAUUACAGCGGCCACUGCAGGCUGCUGUCAUCAGCGGCGGAUGCAGACCAGUCCUGGCGACAUUCACAUUGCCAAUACGACCCGCAAUACCUUCGUUACCGAUCCCGACACGAUCAGCAGAUGGGAAUGGGGUUGUCGAGGGGAGGAGAUAUGCCAGUGUCAAGUCGCAGGGAGCGUACAGGAUACCGAACAAGAAGACACUACCGAAGAAGCUGGGCGCAAAGAAGACUGGUGACCAGUAUGUUAUCCCCGGCAAUAUCAUUUUCAAGCAGCGCGGCACGAUCUGGCACCCAGGCGAGAAUGCCCUCCGCGGACGCGACCACACAAUUCACGCCACAGCGGCGGGCUACGUAAAGUACUACCGCGACCCAGAGCUGCAUCCGGACCGCCAGUAUAUCGGCGUCGCUUUUAACAAGGAGGACACGCUUCCGUAUCCGAAAAACGAGCCGAGACGCAGGAAACUGGGCAUGGUCGCCCACGUGCGCAAGCCCUCGCAGGGGCCUAGUGAGGCGAUGUCGCCCAGUGGCAUCCCCACUCGCGUGCUACGCAAGGGCGGCCUGUACAACAUCGAAAAGCUCGAGAAGAGUCUGUGGUCGAAGGACAAGAAGAGGGAGCUGGCUGAGGCGCAUCAGGCUGCCACUGCGACCAAUGUGAAGAAGGAGGAACAAAACUCACCAUCGUCCUCUUCAGUCGCAGCAGGGGCCGGCGACGCGCCAGUCUCUGCAGACACUUUCGCGGCUCAGGCAACCGCAGCUCAGGGGGCUGUACAGAAGCGUACGCGCGGCAAGAAGACGAAGUUUGUCCAGCCCCUUGCUUUCAUCCAGAAGCGCUGGCUCGAGCGCCGGCGCACCAAGGUGCUGCACCUUAACCCGCGCAAUUACGCAUACUCGGAAAGCAACGCGGCCAUCGGACGGCUGGUGAGCAGGACAAUGUACACGGCGCCGUGGAAACUUGGUGGGCGGAAGGCCAGGUUCCGGGCGAAGAGGCAGAGGAGGGAGGAGAGGAUCAAGCAGAUCAAGGCAGAUAGGGAACUGGUCAAGGCGGAGAAGGAGAAGGAGAAGAUUGCGGAGGAGCGGAAGAGGGCGGCGAAGCUGGCGAAGCAACGCGCUCGCGGUGCUGGCAAGGCAGAGAAGAGCGUGCCAGCCGAGGGGGAGAAGGUUGUGGCCGCGAAGGAGGCGAAUGCUACAGAGACGGAGAAACCCAUUGACGCAUAGGCAGGGAAUGCUGUAUAAAACUUUAUGUAUGUGCAUCAAUACAAAACAUUUG